AUGGAGAAGAAUCAGGAAAUAAACAAGAAUUUUAGUGGGCCUCACGCCCAAGAAGCAGCGAUUACAGCAAGCGCUGAAAUGAAGAGAACGCAAGCACUGGAACGCCUUGAAAAGCUGACCAGCGAAUUGCAUGAGUUUGUCAAAUCAAAGGUCAACAUCCAUAAGGAGAUAAAGACCAAGACAACCAGUGUAGUUAACGCCCUUCAAAGGUUUAAAACACUGGAUGAAGAAUGGCAGUCAUCUCGACGACUCACUCCCCGUGUUACUCCGGAGAAAAGCAGUCAACCUACUGCUGAGACGGAAGAAGCAAUGGACACUGGAGUCGAUGGUGACAAUGAAUUUGUCGCUGGAGAUAAAAACGAAACUGGCACCAAGUCUAAUAAGAGAAAGUACCGAACCUCUCCGGACCCAACGGUCAGCCAAGUCACGAAGAGGAAGAACUUGAAGAGGAGCCCACUGCAAAGGGCAACAGUGCAGAGCGGCGAACAUGAAAAGACGACUGCUUGGCAGAUAGUUCAGUCCAAGAAAGAACUGAAGAAGCAAAGAAAGGAGCAGCUCCCAAAGCAGCCGCCAACGGGACCCCGACCUGAACCCAAGCGAAAGAAACCGCGUAAAUGGAUCAGACCGGAUGCUCUUAUUAUCCGACCAGCCCAGAAGGAGAAAUACGCUGACAUCCUGCGGCGAAUAAAGACGGACGUCCAUGAUGACCAGGCCCGCUUGUCUGUAGAAAAGAUCCUUAAGACCAAGAACGGUGACAUGCUCAUCACCCUUUCGAAGAAGAGCACUGACAAAGGUCAAGCAUUGCAGAAGGCCAUUGCGGGCAUCCUCAAAGAGGACGCUGAAGUAAUCUGCAAAGGACCGCAAGAAGUCAUCGAGAUACGAGACGUGGAUGACACGACAACGAAAGAAGACAUCCAGACCGCUCUACGAAAAGAAACUGGGGGAAAUUGUGAGAUACCACUGGAGGCAAUCAAGAUCCGUAAGGCCUACAGAGGUACUCAGACUGCUACAGUGACUCUACCAGCGGUUGUAGCUCAGACACUGCUAGGAAGAAACGGCAAAAUAAGGAUCGGUUGGGUCAACUGCCGAAUAAGAGCAACAAAGAGACCGAUCCAAUGCUUCAAAUGCUGGAUUUUUGGACAUUUUGAUUCCCAGUGUAAAAGUGAAGUGAACCGGUCUAAUCUGUGCAUCAGAUGCGGGCAAGAAGGGCACAAGAUUGCUGACUGUAAAAACCCAGCUAAAUGCGUACUGUGCAUUGAACGUCACGGCGCAGAGAAGGCUGCCCACCAUGCAGGCACUCACAGAUGCCCGGCCUUCCAAGAAGCGCUCCAGAAGAUAACGAACACAAGAACAUGA